GUAAUAACAGAAGAACACUAGAGGGUGUAUGGAAACCGCGACUGGUCUGUGUCAGAGUACUUCUUGCACUGUCAAACUGCAUGCAUUUUAACUACUGGCUCUGCCGAAUGUAAACGUUUUGCGACAGCUGGACAUUGCCAGCGUUUACAAUACUAGGGCAAUCCAAGUGUUUCGCCAUCUCGCUAUAGUCUACGUGUUUCGUUCAGUCAAAACGAUAGCUAGCUUGCUAAUGGUUUACUGACCAUCAACUUUUAUUUGUAUCGCAAGGAUGGAUAGCAGUGCCUAAUUGACGUUGCUAAUAAUCACGUGUGCGUUAUUAUAUAGCCUGAAAUUAUAUCUAGGGAUAGUACAUUACAAUUGUCUUUGAAUAGCCUAGUUGGCAAGUUCAUGUGUGUGAUGGCCAACUAGUUAGCUGUAUUAGUCUAUAUGUUUGCAGCCGGGUAGAUUCAAGAGGACACGAAGUUCUUGUUCGCAUGGAUAUGAUUUUGAACUGGCGACAGGGGGCGGCAGACCUGUUGCUAAGAUACAGACUGUGGGAGCAGAGUGGGAGGCAGCCAGGAUGAUGGAGGAAAGGGAUGCAGGAGGGUUGCUUUUGCCGUGGUGCCCGGUUAACAUAUUUUUAUAAGUAUGUGACCCUUUCAACAAAAAAUAAACGGCAACCGUUACUUUGUAAGAGUCGAUAUUGUGGGCGUCAGUCGCUAAUUUAUUAUAAUAAAUGGUUUUGGAGCUGGUAGCGCCCGCGAGUGCAGGCCCCUUGCUGCAGCGCUCCAUCCCGUAUAUCGAGCGUGUUUUCCGGGUAAGGGUCAGCCAUGGCUCCGGUGAGUCAAACUGCGGCAGUGCCAAUGUUGGUGACAGCCGCUGCAGCAUAAGAGUGAACAUCGAGGAGGGUGAAGGAGGUGACUGCACAAAGGCAAAAGAUUAUAUUGUGUCUCUUAUUUCGCCAGCGCACAGAAGGAAGGAGCGGCUAACGUUGGCCCAGCACAAGCAGCUGCUGGCGCUGAAGUCGGCCAUCGAAUAUGACUCGCAGGCCGUGGUGGAGGUGAGGGAGUGCACGGUGGAGAUCUCCGGCGGCGAGCGAAACGUGAUGACAGCCUGGUCCAUGCUGGAGAAGCUGAAAAUGGACAAGGGCUCCUCCAGAGAAGACGCCGGCGCGCUGCGAGAGGCCCCGGACGCCAGCGGCGAGUCGGAAGAGGGCAGCAGCUCCGAGUCGGAGGCGGAGCGGGCCGGCGGGAACGGGCGCGAGCCGCUCGUCUCCGCCAAGCCCCACCGGCAGCUGUGCCGCUCGCCCUGCCUGGACCGGCCCAGCUUCUCCCAGAGCAGCACCCUGCAGGAGCCGCGGGCCGACGACGGCAGGGCCGCCGCUGCCGCCGCCGCCUGCAAGGCCGGCGGGGGCCGCGAGUACCAGGCCAAGAUGGACUUCGCUCUCAAGCUGGGCUACCCUGGAGAGCAGAUCGGGGCCGUUCUGAACAAGCUGGGAGCCAACGCCCUGAUCAACGACAUCCUGGCUGAGCUGGUAAGACUCGGCAACAAAGGCGAGGGGGAGCCUCAGAGCGGCAGCGGCCCAGCCGCCAAUACGCUGGUACCGCGAGGCCCUUGCAGCAAGGAAAUCGCCAGCCCCGAAGUGUCCCUGGAAGAGGAGGCGGUGGAAAAUUACGACAAUCUGAGACCCAUCGUCAUAGACGGCUCAAACGUGGCGAUGAGCCAUGGAAACAAAGAGGUAUUUUCUUGCCGUGGUAUCCAGCUGGCAGUGGAUUGGUUCCUGGAGAAAGGACACAAAGACAUCACAGUGUUUGUUCCAGCCUGGAGGAAAGAGCAGUCCAGGCCUGAUGCCCCCAUUACAGAUCAGGAAAUCUUGAGAAAGCUGGAGAAGGAGAAGAUUCUGGUUUUCACGCCUUCUCGGCGGGUCCAAGGAAGGAGGGUGGUGUGCUAUGACGACCGCUUCAUCGUCAAGCUGGCCUGUGACUCGGAUGGCAUCAUAGUCUCCAAUGACAACUACAGAGACCUCCAGAACGAGAAACCCGAGUGGAAGAGAUUUAUUGAGGAGCGUCUCCUAAUGUACUCCUUUGUGAAUGACAAGUUCAUGCCACCAGACGACCCUUUGGGGAGACAUGGCCCGAGUUUGGAGAAUUUUCUUAGAAAGCACCCAGUUGUUCCAGAGCACAAAAAGCAGCCAUGUCCAUAUGGAAAAAAAUGCACUUAUGGACACAAAUGCAAGUACUACCACCCCGAGCGAGCCAAUCAGCUGCAGAGGUCGGUGGCGGAUGAGCUGCGGGCCUUCGCCAAGCUCUCGGCGGUGAAAACGAUGAGCGAGGGCGCUCUCGUCAAGUGCGGCACGGGGCCCGCCGCCUCGAGGGGGGAGGGCGGCUCGGAAGCCAAGCGCGUGGCGCCCAAGCGCCAGUCGGACCCCAGCAUCCGCUCGGUGGCCUGCGAGCCGGAGGAGAGGCUGUCGGUCGCCCGCAAGCCCGAGGCCAGCUCCGUGCCCUCCCUGGUGUCGGCCCUCAGCGUGCCCACCAUGCAGCCCGCCAAGAGCCACGCCGCCGGCGCCCUGAACACCCGCUCGGCCAGCAGCCCCGUGCCCGGCUCCUUGCAGUUUGCCCGCAGCUCCCUGGAGAGCAUGUCCAGCGUCCAGUACCCGCCCAUCCUGGUCACCAACAGCCACGGCACCUCGGUCAGCUACGGCGAGCAGUUCCCCAAGUACGACUCGGCGGGCGACCACGGCUACUACUCCAUGCUGAGCGACUUCUCCAACAUGAGCCUGAGCGGCACGCACAACGCCGACAGCUUCUACAGCGUGGAGCACGAGCACGCCGUCUACCAGAGGAACCCCUGCCCCUGCGCCGACCCCUGCCUCAGCCACUCCAACAGCGACUCCUUCUCCUCCUACGGCGACCUGUACCUCAGCUCCGUGGACAGCAGCAUGGAGGAGGCCGCGAAGGGGCAGCAGCCCGCCCCUCAGGGCAGGCUGCAGGCCUUCAGCCACGGCUUCCACCACGAGGCCUUGACCAGGGUCCAGAGCUACGGCCCCGAGGAGCCCAAGCAGGCCCCCCGCAAGCAGUCCAUCUCCCACCUGGCCCCCCACAUCCAGCACCAGGCGGUGGGAGCCAGAUCCAGCUGCCCAGGGGACUACCCCCUACCUCAGAACAUCCACCCGGGCUCCGUCUCUCAGCCCGGCCGCUCCCUGGGCAUGACGCGCAUGGACAGCAUCUCGGACUCCCGGCUGUACGAGAGCAACCCCAUGAGGCAGAGGAGGCCGCCCCUGUGCAGGGAGCAGCACGCCAGCUGGGACCCGCUGCCCUGCGGGACCGAGUCCUACGGCUACCACUCGUACCCCCUGAGCAACAGCCUGAUGCAGCCGUGCUGCGAGCGGGUGAUGGUGCGGAGCAUGCCGGAGAAGAUGGAGCAGAUCUGGCGGUCCCCCUGGGAAGUCCUGCCCAACGAGCACCAGGAGCGCCACGUCAUCCCGGAGCACCAGUACCAGACUUACCGAAACCUCUGCAACAUUUUCCCCGCCUACGUGGUGCACUCGGUCAUGGAGAAGAACCCGCACAUGACGGAUCCUCAGCAGCUCGCUGCCGUUAUCGUCGCCAAGCUGAGGUCCUGCCGCUAAGUGUUCACUUUCUGAAGGCAAACAUCAGCAUAAUGAUAUAUUUUAUGGACAGGAACCACUGUUUUGGGAAGAAAAGAUUAUGGACAAAGUAGAACAUAUUAUGUAUAUAUUUGUAUCCACAUGAGCAAUGCUGUAUACAUUUUGUGACUGAUUUUAGAAACAAUCAGAGGGAAACCUUGAGGAGCAUACCUCAGUGCAUGGAAUAUCAACAUUUAUGGCCUUAGAUAUAAAUGACCUCUCUGUGGCAAUGUUGACCACUAUCCGUUUUAAUGUCGUUGAAGAUUUAAGAGGUCACCUUUUUUAAAUAUUAAGCACUAUCCGUGUAUGUAUGUGUGUAUAUAUAUAUAUAUAUAUAUAUAUAUAUAUAUAUAUAUAUAUAUAUAUAUAUAUAUAUAUAUAUAUAUAUAUAUACACAUACAUACAUUUUUUCUCAACAAUUUUCCUUACAUUACUGCCUUUUUUGGUAGAAUUUAGCAAAAUGCACACGAUCUAAGCCAAACAAACAGCAGAAUACACAAACACACGCACACGCACACACACACACACACACACACAGCCAUGAUUAAUCAGUAUUUUGAGAGUUCUUUCAAAGCUGCUGAAAUAAUGCCAAAAAAAUCAACUGUGUCAAAUAGACACAGAAAUUUUAUUAUUAUUUUUGAUGCUGAUAAUGGCUGGAGGCUAGACGUUGCAUCAAUGUUGAGACAUUUCCUUUGGUGUAUAUCUGACCGCACUGUGUUUAAUUAUCUUAACAGUGUGUUUGUCUGUGUACAGUUUUGGAGAAUCCUUGUGAAAGUGUGCGUUGCUUUUCUCAAGUCUCUCGUGGACCAUAAUUUGGUACAUGAGGAAAAGCCUUCACACAAUGGCACUUUGAAUGAUUUCGAAUCUUAAUGAGUUGAUAGUGUGUAGUUAUUUGGGUGUGGUGAUGUACUCAGCAGAAUGCCACAGAAGGCAUUUAUUUCCUUAUUGAUGCUGCAGGACAAGCACCACCCUUUGUACAUUAACAUAUUUAAAUCUCUGAAUGUUAACUGCCCGAAGGCUCUCGGGCCAAGACUUGUUCACUUCAAGUUUUUUUAUUCAUGAAAGUGGAGAAGGCCUUUUAUGGCCUUUUGUGUCUUCAUGAGAAGGUGUGACACACUGCCUAACUGUUUCUUCAUGGGAAACACUCAGAAUGUGAGGCUGCCGUCAGGGUUGUUUCUGGCAUUUGGCUAAUGGUUUGCAUGCUGCCAUUUCCCUCUUUGGUUUCGUACCACUUUCUCCGGCCCAGAAAAGCAUGGGUAAAUCAGUUACGCAUGUAACAAGAUGGUAGAUUGUGAUAUGAAUAAGUAACAAUUGUGGGACACCCCUCAAAUAUGGCACCCAUAGAACAUUCCAUCAAAGCUGCUGUUGAAGCCAGUUAGCAGUGGUGAAGUGGCUAAUCACAACCAUUUUGGAAUUUCACCAGAGAUGCUGUAGAGCAGGGAUGUAAAACUCAAGUCUCAAUGUUGUUGGUGAAUGGUAUUAGCAGAGUCAGGAAAUAAUUUCUCAUUUGUAUUGUUCAUGAUUUUUCCUAAGUCUAGAUGAAAAUAUACAAGUAGUUACCAAGACUGCUCAUGUUUUGGACUUGAUUAAGCCCCUAUACUAUUGAAACUAAAGCUUCCAACAGUGACUGGAACUUGCCACAUCAAAAACCAGCAGUGUAAUCUCCAUGUCGAUAAAUGAAAAAAAAACAAAAAAAAACUCUUUGUAUCACAGUCUAUCCAAUUGUUUCCUUGUGUCAUUGAUUUACUGUGAAAUUCUUUCAAACCCCUUGGGGUUUUUAUGGAACAACCAGUAUCUUCAACAGUGACCGCAACCCCUUCAGGAUGGUUCUUGUUAUUUUGAAAAUCACUUACAUUUCUUCUGUGUAGUACAUAAACUUUCUAUAUGUUCAUUUGGUUUAGGAUGAUUACAUGAUGUAAACUGCAUGCUUUAUAUAAUCUGCCUUUCUGGAAUCAAACUGGGAAGUAUUCUGGUUUGUCUCCUGUCCAAGCAUUAACAUUUUCGAUUUUGUUUCAAUGCAGCAAACAGCAAAGCCUCAAAUGUCUAGAAAUGACCUUUGUUUGUUGAUACAAAUUGUAUCUAUUUCUUGAUUGUAAAAAAAAAGAGAAAACAUGUACAGAAUCAAAAAUAGAAUAAUUUUAUUUAAAAGAAAAAUGCCAUAAUGUUUGUGACACUGUGUGUCACUGGGAGUAGCCCAUGGGUAUGUACCAUUUCUAACUGGGCACAGUAGUUUAUAGACAUGGACUCUUUGUUGUGCUACACGAAAAGUGCACAGAUCUCUUGUGCAUAGUUGUAAGCAUUAUUGUGUCCUGUGUAUUUAAUGAAAGUUACAACUGAAAGGAAGCUGUACAGUGACAGUGCUUUUAAAGUGUGUUGCUAUGCUAGACGCAUCUCCUUUUGAUGCCGGUGCGGUAGGCCAAGCUGUACUGGCCAAGCUGGUCAUAUUCUGGCUAUAUUGCUACCCUAGUGCCCCCCCCCCCCCCCCCCAACCCCUUACACAUACACACACACACACACACACACACACACAUUUUCAGUGGUGUCUCUCGUCCACUGCCGGUUAUUCUAAAGGCAGUUGAUUGGGCAUCCAGUCAUAUUGGGCUUGGGUUACCGCACCGUGCUGGAGAACAAAAUUAUAUUUAUUGAAAGUGUUUCACUUGCGAUCUGCCACUUUCCUCUGGCAUAUAUUCUCGCCUUAAGUGUAAUUUAUUUGAAAGCUUUCUGGAUCGACUUCUUUCCAGUUGACAUUUUAGAUUGGAAUGGGUGUAUGAACUGUAGCCGAAGGUCUUGGUCAGUUGUACAACUGACUGGAAGGACCCACAUUUUCAGCACGUUUUUCCAAUAUGAUUGAAAUGCUCUCUUGAAUUGUUAUAAACUUUUAUGUAAACACGGUUGUUUAUCUACUAAGGGCAUAUCCUUAAAGAUAUUGUAUUUUUGGAUCCUUUAACCGAGUGAAGCUGGCAGACUGAUCAAUUAUCUGGUAGUAAAUGCACAUACAUUUUUUUAUCUGCAGUUUGACCCAUCAGUGUAAUUAAUAUACCGGCUCACUCCCAACAGGAAAAAGAAAAAAAAAACAAAAAAAAAAACUAUUUUCUUCAAGUUUGUGUACUUUUGUACAUUCAGUAUAGCGGUUCUCAGGUAAUACAAGAUGUGACAAAUGAAGCUUCACUGACUUUGUUCUUGACAUUUCCUGAUUUCAAUGAAAAUUGCUCUUUCAAAGUCAGAUUUGUGAAUCUGUGCAGAUCUCUUGCGUCAGAAGAUGUGUUGAAUCGUCUUGUGUUGUGGUUAUACUAUGUUAAGGGUUUUAGGAGUGAGUUGACUAUUUUAGUCUUGUGUUGUUAUGAUUCGCAGUAGUUUGUUUUAUUCUUUGUUGAAUGAAACACAUUGCUUUUUAAAUUAUUUUAAAUGACAAAAACCAAGCAUAUUAAUGACCAAAAAAAAAAAACUAAAAAAAAAACUAAAAAAAAAAAAAAAAAAAAAACCUCAACUCUUUGGGUCUGUUGACUCAAACAAAAUGUAAGUCUCAAUGACAAAGUGUGUCUUUCUUGAAAUAAAGCCAAAAUGUGAUGUUUGUACAGCAA